AUGACUGAAAAUGAACAAGAAGUCGGAACAAACCAUAAUCACGUUUCGCCUCAUGCAUCUAAAAGCGUAGAAGAUAUCAACAAAGCAUACAAUUCUGAGCCAUGGUGGUACGAUGUUCGAGGUUUCUGUAUUCUUACGUUUGCAUAUCGAAGUACGCUGUGGCAUCAAUUGAAAUUCUUUGGUUCUCAUAUGGGAUCUCAUCAUUUAGAAGUUGCAUGUGGUACAGGAACGUUGUUGAAAAUGAUUCUCAAUUGGAGAACCCGAAAAGGAAUGCCCAGUCUUCAACAUGUGGUUGGCAUUGAUUACGCUGAGAACAUGUUGGAAGGAGCGAAACAUCGUUUUCGUUCAGGCAAUAAUGAUACUAGUAGUGGUAAUGACACCACGACUACUUUUGAGUUCUUACGUGUGGAUGCCGCUCACAUGCCCUUCCCUGAUGACCAUUUUGAAAGUGUGAAUAUUGCCAACUCCAUGCAUUGCUUACCAGAUUUUGAAGGGUCUUUGAAAGAAAUGGUUCGGGUGCUGAAACCAUACAGCUGCAGUCAAAAUUCAACCACUCACGAAUCGACGACGUCAGCAAUUGGAACGUUGACUGGAAAUGUUUUACUUGUGCCAACUGGAAUAUGGCCUUUCAAACAGAUUGCAGAGCGAAUCAAUCGAUGGGGUAUCGAAAAAGGAAUACUUGUGGCUGUGUACACAAAGGAAUUUGUUUUGGAAAAGUUGAUGCAACAAGGUUUGGAAAUUUUGCAUUUCCAAGUGCAUGGAAAUUGUUUAGACUUUGUGGCAAGAAAAAAAUGUCCAGUGAAUUAA